UUAAUUAGAUACUCUGGCAUAUAUAAAAUACAGUUCACGAAAGUCACUGGUAAGAAUAGUCAUGAAUAUACUACUGAGUGUCUCUAUACUGCUAGUGGUAUUAACACAAAAUGUGAGAGGGUCCCAUCGCUCCGAUAUUCUAACCAUCAACAAUGAAGAUAACGCAACAAGCCAACUGUUUGACUACAGAGACAGUCACCCGGAUGCACAAUUACUAACAAUCAGUACGGGACAGCCGGUUUAUGUGUCAGAUACAAACAGUCUAGACACAAAUUUGCUUUCCAAUUCAUUUUUAAUAGAUUCCAUCUUCCACGCCGUCAACGCCAGGAUCCCAGCCAGAGAAGUUUUCCCCAAAGGCACCGGAGGAUUCGGCUACUUUGAAGUUACCAACAAUGUCACCAAGUAUACAAAAGCGAAAUUGUUUGAAAAAAUUGGCAAACAGACACCUGUUGUUGCCCGAGUGGCGACCUCACAAAUCUUAUCUGGAGGAAAUGAUUUAAGGACUCUAGCUGCAAGAGGACUCUCCGUGAAAUUUUAUACUGAAGAAGGCAACCUAGACUUGUUGGGAAUAGGAACACCGGUAUACUUUUACAGAGAUCCACUCCUAUUCAGAGAACUAUUUCACGCUCUUUCCCGAAAUCCCAAGACUGACGUCACAGAUCCAACUGCAAGUAUGGAUUUCAUUAUAUUGAAUCCAAUAGCACUCCAUACUUUUUUAUGGGCUUUCUCAGAUUUUGGGCUUCCAAGAGGAUACAGGCAUCUUAACUCAUUUCCUAUACAUACAUUUCAACUUUACAACAAGAACGGUGAAAGUUCUUUUGUGAGAUUCAAGUUUCUCUCUUCUUUGGGAUACAAAAGUUUUAGCCUUAAAGAAGCUGCUGCUAUAAGCGGCUUCGAUACAGACUUUUUCAAUAGAGACUUUUACAAUGCCAUAGAACAGAAAAAGUAUCCAACUUGGAAUUUAGAAAUGGAUGUUUGGUUAGGAUGUAUUGACCAAACUGACUUUGAUCUAUUUGAUCCCACUAGGAUAUGGCCUAACGGAACAUAUGAGACUGUACCUAUCGGUCGUGUCGUUCUGAAUCAAACCGUAACUAAUCACUUUGCUCAGAUAGAACAGGCUGCUUUCAACCCAGUCAACUUGGUGCCAGGGAUCAGACACCCCCCAGGAAAACUGUUCCAAAUUCGCGUUCUGGCGUACACUUUAGCACAAAGAAAUCGUUUAGGAGUCAACAGUGACAAAAUCGAAGUAAAUUGUCCUCUUUAUGCCAACAAUUAUAAUCGUGACGGCCAACCGCCAGUCGGUGAAAAUGGAGGGGACGCCCCAUCCUACUAUCCUAACUCCUUCAACGGGCCAGAACCUUAUGACGACCCAGCCAGGCCCAAAAAGGAUCUCGUCAUUAAGGAGGAAAGUGUGGUACAUCUAGAAGAUAGUCGGAGGUUUUAUAACGAAGUGCUUUGUGAUACCCAGAAACAAAGGCUUGUGGAUCUAAUGGCAAUGAUAUUCCUUCGAGUAAAUGGUACAUUGCAGGAAAGGUUUAUCGAGUUGUUGCAAAAAGUUGAUUCAGAUCUAGCUAAAAGAUAUAGAAGAACCUUGGAGAGGCUGAAUCGUACAGUAAAUCUGCCGGAUUUAGUUGAAGAGGUUAAUCCGCUUAAUCCGAACCCUUUCCAGUAGUUCUAUCGAGCUUAUUGGACUUAA